AUGGAAUCAGUUAGAAGGAAAAAUAGACUAGACAUCUCAAUUGGUGAUCAUUCUUUUAAUAAGGAAAAUAUUUCAAAAACCUCAUAUGAUUAUAAAAUAAGAUCCGAAAAAUCUUUAAACUCAUCAUAUCUUCAAAUCUCUCCAAGUAAAAGUCCUACAAGGAAGCCGACGUUAAACUUAAAUAAUUUAUCAUAUUGUCCAACAUCAAAAGGAUUGAUAAAUUCUCCUAUAAGCCCAAUAAGAAAAUCAUUUUUUCUAUCUCCUUGCUCGAAUCAUAUACAAUUACCAUUAGAAAUUUAUCAUCGAGAAAGAAGAGAAAUUAAAAAGCCAUAUAGCAAUGAAUUUUGCAAUCGAUCACCUAAUAGAAAUCGAACCCCUAGUCAUUCUCCAGUAAGGCUUCAAAAGAAAGUAGGUGAAAAAAGUCCCUUACAAAUACCAAAGUUAGAAAUAAAUAAAACUCCAAAAAAUGAGGAAGAUAAUUUUUCAUCAAAGCUAUGUGAAAGUGUGGAUAACGGAGAAUUAACUUUUAAUCCGUCAGUUCUUUCAUCCAGAUGUAGUGCUAGUCCUAGAUGUAUAGAAAAUAAAGAAAAUGAUUUGAAUUCAAUAUCUUAUAGAUCUAAAAAUUUUAUAGGGGAAACUGAUUUCUUUAAAAAAUGUCAUGCAAAUAAAUUCUCGGAAAAAGAAUCAGAAGAAAAUGAGAUAGAUUUUUCUGAGAUGAAGACACAACGAAGAAAUGAACCUUCAAUUGUAUUAAGUAAUGAAAUGCAGUAUAAUGAGGAUUUUAAGGAAUCUAGCUCUUAUAGCCCAAAAUAUAAAGUAAUCAAUUCAGAUGAUUUCUUAAAUGCUCUUACUCUCCACUUUAAAUCGGAAGAAAAAUAUUGGCAAAAUUCCAUUCUCCCCUUUAAAUCAAACAAAAUAUUUUUUAGCAAUAGGAAAAUUCUAUAGAUAAAAAAAUACUAUUUUUUAUAAAAUUAUUUUUGGUCUACUUUAAUUGAAAAAGCGAAAGUUGAAUAUUAUUUAAACAGUUCUCAUACAGAAUUGUUUAAUUUUUUGAAUUAAUUCUUUAUAAAAAUAAAUUAAUAUCAAAAUAUUGGGUUUAGAUUUUUAAUAUAAUUGCUUUUUAAAAACAAACUUUUAGAUUGGAGUAAGAUUUUUUAGUUCAAAUUUAAAGGGGGAGUUAGGCAGUUAGCUUUACCUAAACCAUCAUUUCUGUAA